AUGGGGGUGUGUGGCUGCUUUGGUCCCAUAGUUGAGAUCCAGAGAAUUGGGGAUGACAUCACCUGUAGCAGUACAAAAGCUCCUCCUGUGAGGAUGAUGUCUGCAAAAGACAUGGCUAAAGUAAUGAUUUUCCUACUUGCAAUUUGUUUUCUUACAAAAACGGAUGGCAAGCCUGUUAGGAAGAGAGCUGUCAGUGAAAUACAGCUUAUGCACAACCUGAGCAAACACCUGGCCUCCAUGGAGAGGAUGGAAUGGCUGCGUAAGAAGCUGCAGGAUGUGCACAGUUUUGUUAGCCUUGGAGCUCCACUAGCUGCAAGAGAAUGGGGUUUGCAGAGGCCUGCUAAAAAGGAGGAGAAUGUCCUCAUUGGCAGCUAUCAAAAAAGUCUUGGAGAGAGAGACAAAGCUGAUGUGGAUGUAUUAGUUAAGGCCAAAUCUCCAUAA